AUGGAGACCGACGCCAAAACCAUAUUCAGCAUACAUUCCUCUCAUCCUUUCAUGAAACACGCACACCACGCUCAUCUCCUUGCAUACGACGAGCAGCACAGCUACCCCCGCGAUUGCUGGGCUCACGAAUUCGUUCCAGCGAGCGAAGACGAAACGGAAGAAGGCACCCCUGCCCCGCAGUUGACUUCAAGCUUCCUCCGGAUUACCACAGAUCACGAGCCUCGAAAUGCCCUGCUUGGUUUUGUCUUCGGGAGCAAGGCCGAUGUCUGUGACGUCUUGCUCGAUACUCAUACAAAUUCUGGCGUAAGCAAGAAGCAAUGCGCUGUACAAAUCAACCGUCAUGGAGGAACCCUCCUCUUGCAAAACUACAGCAAGAAUGGGACAUUGAUUACCUCCCACAGCCUUGAAAAGAUCAUGGUGAAAUCCCAAAGAGCAGUCCCACCGACAGACAGGGAAGUCACCGUUAUCCUGGGGGAUCAUACCUUUCGAUUGCAAUUCCCCGACCACAGCGGCCACAUGCGUGCGUGGAUGCAACACUGCUCGGGUCCUGCUACAAGUCAAGGAGCAGGGGGGGAUGUGUACCACCUGGAAUACACACUGGGCAGUGGAGCAACUGGAGUUGUAUACCGAGGCGUGCACUACGUCACUGGGAACGUCUAUGCCGUCAAGGAGUACGCGAAGCCCAAGUAUGAUGAAAGGGUGAGGGAGGCGUCGCUACUACAGGGCAUCUCACACGAGCAUAUCGUCAAGUUUCACGACUUUCUCUGGAACCCGAAACGCCCCCAACUUGUCAUGGAAUUGGUGGAUGGCCCGAACCUCGACGAAGCACACCGAGCCCAACCCAUACAGAUCCUUGAUCUGAGAGCCAUUCUCUGCCAACUCCUUGAUGCUCUAGCAUACCUUCACAGCCAACACAUUACUCACAGGGACAUCAAGCCGGGAAAUGUGAUGCUGCAGUCGCGCAGUCCGAUCCAUGCCAAGUUGACUGACUUCGGCUUUGCCUCUCAUGCAAGAGACCUCUGGACGAACUGUGGCACACCAUGGUACAUCGCGCCCGAGAUCGGUCACGGGACAUACACUAACAAGGUUGAUAUCUGGUCCCUCGGUAUCGUGGCUCUGGAGCUUUCGUGCGGUCUUCCUCAUUAUCCCAAGAGGAGGAGGGAGCAGUGGCCGCACGAAGUAUCAGCGUACUUGGCCUCUCAGCGUCCCUCAGCAAUCGUCAAAUUUGCAACUACCCUGCUUCAAGUUGAUGUACUAGAGCGUCCUUCUGCAUUGCAGAGCCUUGGACAUGCCUUCUUCACUACACUGUACCCUCCUGAGGACCAGGAGACGCAUCAUUCCUCCCUAGCAUCAACCCAACCAUUUACACCAUCAGCGUCUAUCCAGGGGGCCACUGCCAAUCACCAGUCUCAUGGCGCAGCCUACCUGCAGGACACGAUGAUUCCAGGGUCAGCCCCGGAGCAGCCCCACCCCGAAGAUACAUCUUACGCUUCACGGUUGGCAUCGUAUGAGGACCGUGCUGCGACCCCGACGCCAGCUUCUUAUGCUGCCGGAUAUGGAUCACCUGUGCGUCAUACGCUAUAUGAAUCAGCGCCCGUUCAAGAAGUUGGAGAUCAAGAAAUGCCACAGGCCUUGCAGUAUGAGGCGCCUCACAACUGGUCCAAUAACCCGACGUCGUCUGCAUUUAGUAGGUCAUGCGCACCACCUCGGUCAUUCGGCACGAGCUAUCAGCAUCUGGCCACUUCGGCGGAAGUUGCUGGUACCGCACAGCAUGAAACAAUAGAAGAUGCCGAGCUGUAUUAUCCUACUGAGGAGCUGCCCCUCAACUUCCGACAAAUUUCUGUCCCACCACCCGAUCUUCCAAAAUCCCACCUAAGCUCUCGGAAGCUUCGAAAGUCCACUGCUGUCUCCAUUGAAAAAAGCGGCCUUUGGAUUCCAUUCGAAGACGGCGCGCACCUAUGUCACGAGUUGAAACUUGGUGACGAUAUGAAACAAUUACUCUCCUACGGCCCACAGCCUCUUCCAAGGGAGGGAAGCAAUCUUAGACAGGAACCUCCCCCAAUUGAGGGAAUCAAUAGAGGAAAACGACUUCGGGAAGGGUAUCAACUUUUGGAGUGGGGUGAGAGCCAAAUUGCGUACAUGCCAUCCACACAGAUGGUCAAUGCAACACAUCUCCUUCAAUACGGUAGACUUGACCGACGCAAGCUGCCAAAGUUCUUCACCCAGAACCCGCGGACCAGGAAGACAAUACACCAUGCGGCCCGUGUUGCAGGGACCUAUAUCUCGUUUGUGGAUGCUGUUAAGCUCUGCCACUUCUUCGGUCUCGAUCAGGGCCCGAUCAACCACCUCUUAGCGCCACUGUUGGUAGGUGCUUCCAACGUCCAGCCUAACAUUGCAGAUCACAGAAAUUCUGGCGGUCAAGCUCCCUACAGCAACUAUGGGGACUCUGGUAAGGGAAACAUCACGGUCAACCUCGACGAGUCACCAUCCCAAGGUGAUACUCGCCCUACAGAUGUUGAUGCCCAGAUUUUACCUCUAGGGGCCAUCGACGGUAGUUGGCACGCCCCCGUUGAGAGCCCCGAAUUCUCAGAAGUUGCCGUCUCGCCCAUGCCGCAGGUACAACAACCACACCACGACUCAAAGUACACUGAGCGGAGCUACAGGAAUGGAUCCUACAUCGCGCCUCCGAAUCGGUCUUACGGGCAACUUCUAACAGGUGUUUGGGAAUAA